ACAUGUAUUUGUAAUCAUAGCUGCCAAUGUUGGCUCCUCCAUUAGUGUUCUCCAGGACAUUGAAGAGAAUGGCUACUGUAACUCUAUUUUUCUGCUGUCUGCUUGGAAGUAUUUCUCUUGUGCAUGGACAGACUUCGUUGACUCCUGGUGAAGUAACGAUUAACGCAAGUCCAUCUAAUGUUGGUGUGUUGAAUCAAAAUGUCACACUAACUUGUUCUGCAAGUGGUGGAAUUGAUAACUUCCAGUGGCAAAGACUCGGAAUCAAUGUUCCUGGAGAAAUGCAGUCUACACUAUUUCUCACUUCAGUUAAUGCUAGUGAUGGAGGAGAGUACACUUGUGUUGUCGGUAAUGCAGCUGGUAAUGGCAGUACCAAUUUCACUCUCUACAUUCAUCCAUACAUUGUGGCUAAUCCACAACGUCAGCUACUUCGAACUGUGGCUAGCAGUGCAACAUUCACCUGUGAAGCUUCUGCGUUCCCUGCACCUGACUAUCAUUGGGACAAAGUUGGAGAUGUGAAGAUCGAUAAUCUUGAUCGAUUUAGACAAAACUUCUCCUUUAAUCCUAUUGCUUUUGGCAAUGAAGGCAACUACGUAUGUGUUGCUUCAAUCAUUGUGGACAAUAUCAACUACACGGCAGAAUCUAAACCAGGAGAGCUUAUCUUAUCACCUGAGAGUAGUGUGUCUGUCACACCUAAUAUGUCUAGAACAGUUCAAGGAGACACUCUGACGUUCACUUGCUCUGCCAUGGGUGGUCCUGGAAAUAUGUUCUCAUGGAGGAGACUGUACGAUAAUGAAAUUGUGGGGGAUAUGUCUAAUCUAACUGUGAAUGUGAGUGGAGCCACAGACGGUGGACAGUACAAGUGUGAAGUCACCAAUAUAGCAGGCAGUGAUUCUGAUAAUACUACUGUAUACCUUGGUCCGAUCAUUGACACUCCCCCUUUAUCUGUGAAUGUGAGCAUCUCUGAAUUAUCCACUUUCACCUGUUCGGCCAGUGGAUUUCCAGUACCUACCAUUAUCUGGGUCCACAACGGAACACAGAAUCAGGAUGAUGAGAAUCGCACCACUGUGUUAUGUACCAUGGGAGACAGAUCUGUGACCAGCACCCUCACCAUCAAUAUGGCUAUGAUUAAUGACUCUGGGAAGUAUGUUUGCAAUGCUAGUAGUCCUGACUAUGGCACUGUUUCAACGGACCCUGUCAUUUUAAUGGUACAAGCAACUCCCGAAAGACCACAAAAUGCGACAGCUGUAGAAGUGACAAAAACUAGUGUGAUAUUGGAGUGGGUGGAGCCUUAUGACAACAAUGCUCCCAUCCGUGGUUACAAAGUCUCCUACACCAGACCAUCUUUUCUUGGAGGGACUGCCACGACUAUCAACAGCACAGUGGAGACUGUAACCAUCAAUGGACUACACCCUGGAGUAGCUUACUCCUUCUCAGUGGUUGCUUUCAAUGACAUUGGGGACAGUGCAUCUGGUAACGUCGUGGUCACUACUGUGGAAACAGUUCCAACAAACCCUCCUGAGAAUGUAAUGAUCACUAUGCUAUCAUCCACUGAGAUCCAAGUGAACUGGACUGAAGUUCCCAUGAUGCAUCGGAAUGGAAUAAUUACCACAUAUGAAGUGAUGUACGAACCAGUGAUGACGUUUGAUAUACUCACUGCAGCCAGAGUGAACACUACAAAUGUUUCUACUGUUCUUACUGGACUGGAAGAGAAUUUAGAGUACAAUGUUUCUGUGAGAGCUUAUACAAGUGUGGGCCCUGGACCUUAUAGCCCAGAGGAUAUGGAAAUUACUUUUGAUGACACUCCAGCUAGUCCACCUCAGAAUGUGACAGCUACUGUGUUGUCCUCUACUGAGAUCCAAGUGAACUGGACUGAAGUUGCUGAGAUAGACCAGAAUGGAGUCAUCACUGAAUAUGAAGUCAUGUAUGAGCCACUAAUGACAUUUGGUGUGCUCAAUACAACAACAAUAAGAACAAUUAACUUGUUUACUGUUCUCUUUGGGCUGGAAAAGUAUGUGGAGUACAACAUCUCAGUGAGAGCAUACACACGUGUGGGACCAGGACCCUACAGUGUCGGUAUUAUAAAGAUAACAUUUGAUGUUCAAGUCCUCACUGGACCUGAAGCCCUCGUCUCCUCCAGUGGUAGUGUGGUUGAGGGAUCAGUCAUCCAGAUCUACUGUACGGUAGAGGAUAGAACCACUAUCACCUUCACAUGGACUCUCAAUGGAAAAUCUCUAUUGAACGAUCCACCUCACAUUCGUAUCAGGGAAGACAAUCUCCCUGAGCGCUCAAGAUCAUUGCUCACUAAUGACUCCACAUCUGUGCUCACUGUGGACAACUUCAGAGCCUCUGACAAUGGAGUUUAUCAGUGCACAGCUACUAGUGGAGCUACUUCUGGCAAUGGAGCUGCUGCGGUCACACUAACAGCUGUGUCAUCUAGUAUUGGAGCCUUGAUGUUGACUGAUCAGCCCUCUCUCAAUGAACCUGUUGACCUCAGCUCCAGCCUCAAUGACAACCGCACUGGGAUAGCUCUUGGUGGCACUGUCGAUGGUUCUAUACUGAUAUGCACUGCUGGGCAUCAAGGUGAUGGAGUUGGAAACUACGCUGCCCCGUCUGUGGUGUGGGUGAGGAGCGGACAAGUUGUGAAUGACACUGACUCACGAAUCACCAUCACCUCGACCACAAUGACCAACGGACGAGUGACCAGUUCUCUGACUAUCACUAACUUUGGACUCUCUGAUGCAGGAGUGUACCAGUGUGUCUUCACUGAUGACAGUGAUGGUGGGGAGGUCAUCACAUCAAUACCUUAUCAAUUGGAUACAGGUAACACCAUUCGUAUUGAGAGAGUCUCCCCUGAGGUCAUUAUUUUACGUCCUCCCGAAAAGCUGGUCAUUGAAGUGAGAGUGUCAGGAGAGUAUGAAGUGAUGUUCUGGUACAAAGGGAGUAGCACUUUCAUACCUGGUCAAAUGCGUCCUCAAGAGUUUCCUAAUUAUUUUGAGACAUUUGUACGAGACAACACCACAGCUGAGGAUGAGGGGUUCUACAUUGUUCAACCUCAACUUAAGCCUGGAACAACUCAAACUCAUACCAUCACACCAACUGGUGGUGUUGAUUUUGGGGUUAUUGCGCCAGUUGAUGCCAUCACAACAUCUCUCAGUAUUUCUACUGUUGUGAUUCCCGAGGGAGGCAGUGCAGACAUCUCCUGUAGAUCAGUGGGAGCUCCCGUUCCUAGUAUCACAUGGGAGUUCAACAGUCAGACCACUCAAUUUGAGCAGACAGACACGGAAACAACAUUUGUAGCUAAAUUGACUGGAACUAUCGGAAACAGAGGGUUUGACCUCAUUCCUGGUAGCGUUGAGUCAUCCCUCCAUAUUGUGAGUGCCAUAUACCCUGAUCAUGAUGGUGUGUACACUUGUAUUGGAAGCAACUCCGAGAGUCUCACUGUCGCCAGCAGCAGUGCCUUCAUCACUGUACAAGUAAAUGCUGUUCCUGAAGUGGAAACUACAGCUACUGAGACUCUUGUGCACAUCGGAAAUGAUAUCACCAUCACCUGCUUUGUGCAGAGGGGAAAUCCCUCUAAUUACGUCUACACCAUUACUAAUACUGAUACUGGCAGUACAACAACUGGACCCACCCGCACUCUGACAAGCAUUCAUAUGUCUGAUCUUGGUACCUAUCGCUGUGAUGUCACUAAUGAUGCUGGAACUGGUAGCAGCAGUGUGACUAUAGAGCUGGGAGAACCUAGAUGCCCAGUUGGAACCUAUACAGAAGACUUAUCAACUGGAGUGUCUGCUUGUGUGCCCUGUCCUAGAAACAGCUUCAGUCCCGUCAUAGAUAGCAGAGAGUGUUUCUGUUUUCGUGGCUACUACAGAACAGAAAUGGAGGAACCAAACUUUCCGUGUUCAUCUCUACCAAAGAAAUGUAAGAGUUUGCAAGUAGUUGCUGAGAGGACUCGAGGUAACACAAUUACUGUGCGUUGGGAGAGGCCUGAGAUCACUGGGAGAGGCGACUUCUACUACAACAUAUUCUACUCUAAGGACAACCAGACCUUCACUCAACACAACAGCAGGGCGUAUGUCAAACAAGAUGCCCUGGUGGACUACUCAGUGUCUGGUCUGCAGCCACUCACCACCUACACCAUCCGAGUGAUCCCUGAGAAUGGAGUGAGUGAUCAGGAGGAGGGAGGGCAGGGCAGGAGCUGUGAGGUCGUUGCCAUGACUGGGGAUACAAAGUCUAAUGCCCCCUCCUUGGUGAUUGGUUUCUGCUCUGUUGUGGUUUGGACCACCCCCACGAGGUCGUAUGGGAGGAUCACUGGCUAUGACAUCAAAUUCAUUCCUCAAGGGUCUGGUUCGGAUUUGAUGGUGUCUAAAGGAAGAAGAGAGCUUUUCCACGCCAUUGGAGAUGAUACCAGGCUCAUCAGCACUGAAAACUUCAUGGUCCAGGUGAGAGCAAAAACGUCAGCUGCAGAGGGGAGGUGGAGUGAGCUGGUGCCACUGGGUUGCAGGAAUACUGAAGGUUCCGCUGACCCUAUGUAUGAGUUUGCCGGCCCUAUGUAUGAGUGAAUGAUGUGUUACAUUACAGUUUUGGCUAAACAUUAAAUGAUGUUGCAAAAUUUAAAUGUAUCUUUAUCGUAAGAGACUAGAAAUUUGCUUUGAGUAGAAUAUUGUAGCUGAUUCAGAAGUGAGUUGUAGAUAGACCUAUCUGAAAUUUGUUGUGCCGGACUUGGAACUACUUUGUACAUGUUUGCUGCAUUUGUUUCUGUAUCAGUGAAUGAAUUUUUUGAGCUAACUGCAAAUCACUUUGUUUUGAUUCUAUAU